UCUUCAUUAUGGCGGAGAGCUGAAGUCAACCCUUUAAAUGGGAAAAGCUUUACAUUUCCUAUUUUCCGAAUCUGGGACGAUACAUACUCUACAGCCUUUUGGCUGGCUACUCUCGGAUUUUUUGUGGCUUUCUUCUCUUGGUUUGCGUUUUCUCCACUUGUCCCAGAGGCAGUGAAAGCAGAUCUAAACCUCACCCAAGAUCAAGUCACCAACUCCAACCUUGCUUCCCUCGGUGGCACAGCAAUUGUGCGUCUCAUUGCUGGCCCGGCUUGUGAUAAGUUUGGCCCUCGAAAAGUUCUAGCUGUUUUGCUCAUUUUGGGAGCCAUCCCAUCUGGCUUAGCAGCGUUGGUGACGAAUAUUCGAGGGCUAGAAGCAGUGAGAUUUUUCAUCUCUAUUCUCGGAGGAACUUUUGUUCCAACCCAGGCUUACACUACGACUUUUUUCGAUAAGUCCAUCGUUGGUACUGCUAAUGCCUUUUCAGGCGGAUGGGGUAACCUGGGUGGUGGUGUGACUGUUGCUGUGAUGAUCGGGCUCUAUCAGCGAUAUAUCAAGGCUGGUUACAGUGCUCAUAUUGCGUGGCGUCUCUGUUUUGUCACAGUUCCUGUACCGUGCCUUAUCCUUGUCGCUAUCAUCAUUUUAAUUCUUGGAAAAGACCAACCUAAUGGCAAAUGGUCAGCUCGGAGACAGCCCCAGACCGCAGCUAUAGACAUCGAUACUGCGCAGCCGGAACCACUGACGCUUCCAGCGCUGCUCGCGAUCCUUACUGAUCUCCGCGUUUGGGCAUGUGCUAUAUGCUACCUACUCACCUUUGGUCUUGAGACGGCGAUGGACGCAGCUCUGCCGGGUUUGAUUAAUAGCUUGUUCGUCAGCGAGUCAUUUACUAUCGUGGACGCCGCUUAUGCAGCAUCCACGUACGGUCUCAUGAAUUUGUUUGCCCGACCACUUGGUGGUAUCAUAUCGGACAUUCUCUAUGCCCAGUUUGGCCUGCGCGCUAAGAUGUACUGGCUCUUGGCCACGGCUCUCUCUCAAGGAAUCGCUAUGAUCGGCCUUGGAUUUUACGUGAAUAAAAACCAGGCAACUAUCGGUGGUGUCAUUGGCUUCAUUGUGGCCAUUGCAAUCACAGGUUUCGCAGCCAACGGUGCCUGUUACUCAAUCUAUGGUCACCUGCGCCCGAAGAACAUCGGUGCUGUUGCCGGCAUUGUUGGCGCUGGCGGAAACAUUGGGGGCCUGUUUUACACCUUGAUAUUCAAGUUCCAGCCAGGAGUUCACCUCCCCCCAUCCCAGAGCUAUCCUCAGGGUUACAAUUCGUUAGGGAAAAAGUUUUGGAUCGCAGGGUUAUUCAACGCGGUGGCUGUGGUGCCACUUUUCUUUGUACAGCUGGGCGAUGCCGUAUAG